AUGAAGCUCUUUUCUUCUGCAGGAGCAGUGCUCCUUCCUCUUGCGUCCCUCGCCCGCGCCACAGACCUCAGGACAGACGACGAAGCGUCGGUCCAGAGCGUCUCCGCGCAGUACGCCUAUGGCUUGAUGUCAUACUACAAGAACAAUGCAACGAAUCUCCCGAAAGAGGAGAUUGGAUUCUUUCCCAAACCGCACUAUUGGUGGGAGGCAGGCGCUGUCUGGGGCGGCAUGAUCGAGUACACAAAGUUCACUGGGGACGAGUCCUACGUCAAGACGGUCCAGCAAGCUUUGACUGCCAAUUACGGUCCUAACAACGAUAUCCUCUUGCCGUGGAAGAAGGACCAAGAGGGCAAUGACGAUCAAGCAUUCUGGGCGCUCGCUCUCAUGUCGGCUCUGGAGUACCAGUUCCCCGAGCCUGCUUCAGCUCCAGCAAGCUAUCUUGAGGUCACCCAGAACUGCUUCAACAACAUCGUCUCUCGAUGGGACACAAGCUCCUGCGGAGGUGGGCUGAAGUGGCAGAUCUACCCCGAGAACGCCUAUGGUUACAACUACAAGAACUCAAUUUCCAACGGUGCCACCUUUGCUCUUGGUGCUCGUCUCGCUCGCUAUACUGGAAAUCAGACGUACGCCGACUGGGCCUCCAAGAUCUAUGACUGGACGAAGAAUGUUGGUCUGAUCGGCAGCAAGUUUGAGGUCUUCGAUGGCACCGACGACAAGAGCAACUGCGCCACGGUUUCCGACAAGACGGAGUGGACCUACAAUAACGCCAUGUUCUUGCAUGGAUCGGCAUUCAUGUACGACUACACUAAGGGUGACAAUACAUGGAAGGAUCGCACGAAUGGUUUCCUCGAACGCGCUGCAACCUUCUUCAACAACCCGAGUGGCGCCGAAGACGUCAUGUUUGAGGUGUGCGAGAACAGUGCCAAAGGUUGCAACCUUGACCAGCAAUCCUUCAAGGCAUAUCUCGCCCGCUGGAUGGCAAAAACCGCUAUUCUAGCACCGUUCACCAAAGACAAGGUCACUACAUACUUGACGAAGUCUGCAGCCGCCGCCGCUGGAGCAUGCACCGGAGACAACAAUGCUUGCGGUUCCAAAUGGUACACCGGGGAUUUCGACGGUACAACUGGCAUCGGCCAACAACUCUCAGCUCUGGAAGUCACCCAGGCCCUCCUCAUGCUCAAGCAAGGCACCGUCCCUAGCACUGGUGGUGAUGCACCAAAUCCGAGCUCCACUCCUGAAUCGAGCUCCACCCCGUCCGCGAGCGCUGUCUCGUCGAGCUACGUAGCACCGUCGAGCGCUCUCUCUCCUACGGAUGCUCCCUCUUCGGCCGAUUCAACUCUUGUUUCCUCUACUGCCGAGUCCACUGUUGCUCCAACCGCUUCAAAUGCAGGCGCGAGCCCCAGCGAGGCCGCUAGUGCUGUCCCUUCAAGCGCACAAGCUCCAGCGUCUCCCUCCGACACCACUAAGCCGGGCGGCGAGUUUGGUGAACAAAUGCCGACUUCUAGUGGAGUGUGCACUUGCACGCCAACCUCUACGACCACCGUCUAUGUCCCCCCAGCGCCUCCGACAUCAGCGCCGGCUGCUCCACCGGCUUCGACCCCCAUUGUACCCCCUGUGGUGCCCAAUACGACGGUGCCCGUUGGUCCACCCGCCAACACCAGUACUGUGGAGCCGUUCCCUGGCGCUGCCGCCAACAUGAAGUUAGCCGGUAGUUCGAUGUUUGCUGCGGCUGCCCUGGCUGUGCUUCCAGCGUUGCUGUAGAUGGAUGAGUGGCACACAUUCAGAUCUAUUUCGCUGAGCGGACCCCGUUAGCUGUCGAUGAUCCAAAGGGAUCUUUAUUUCUCUCUGUACAUAUACCUUUCUCUUCCCACAUUUUUUGAUUUUCGAGCACCUGCAUAGGAGGCGUUAUCCCAUCUUCAGGCUUAGCAACGGGGCCAGCCUGCCAUGGUUCUAUAUACGAAGGCAGUCCGUCACUAGGGCACAGCACCCUGGAAAUAUAUAAAUGUAUAUAAUAUCAGGCGAGAGAUACCGCUCAGGUCCCACACUCCCCCUCCCCUUGCCAUCUAUGAUACCAGCCGAGGCCGCAAUUUGAGCGGUGCAAACCCUAGGAUUACCGCUCGUAC